AUGAGACAGGCGUUUUCGACUGCCAUAGAGGCUCUGGCCGUGAACGACGUGGAUGCAAUUGUUUCUGCAUAUGGGUUGACUGAGAACGAUCCGGACAGCGCAUUGGCUCGAACGAACCAGACACCGUACGAAGCGUUGUUCCAAGGUGCUCAAACCAGCGAGAUGUCAGGGGAGAAGAUGUCACACAUUUGGCCUUUGAUAAUAGAGACGACCCGAUUGUGGAAACAAGCCACCUCGCCGGAAGCCAAAGCCAAGCUGUGA